AUGACCUGCAAGUUUUAUAGCACUGCCUUCCCAAUCCUUGGACAUGUGGCCUGGGGAAGCCUUGUCAGCCUUGGCAGUCUGGCUAGUAUUGCAUACGCGAGUCCUACCGCGGAGCAGAGUGACACGAUUCCGUCCGGAUCUGAUGGCUCUCUCGAAUUCAACCUAGAACCUCCGCUAGAUCCCGGUGUCUAUAACGCCACCCUCCAGGCCUCCACAAAUUUCGAUCGUGUUGACCUCGGUGAUGUGGAGGUUCCUCGUUGCGCUUCAAAUCAACGGCUUACUAUUAGGGUUACGUAUAGCUGGGAUCUACCAUCUGGACCUCGCGUGCUAAGUCUAAAUGACUCCCCAUACCCUAUUAAUAUUCAAAAUCCUAGCCUAUCGUCUCGAAGGGAUUUGGAAUCUCCCUCUAACCAAAACGCUAUAAGUGCCUACUGUGCUACAGAAUCUGGCAAUUCAUCCAUCGAGCCGGCCUCUUCUUCAACGACCUCUAUGGCUAGUCAAACGAGCUCACAAGUUGAUUCGGUGAGCAUGGCUGAUCUUCCUACGACUCAGUCUUCAACCCCAGGGACUGUCUCCGAGCCGCACGUCCUCAGUAGGAUCUCCCCCAGCGAUAACUCCAGCGAGCACAAGCAGUUCGAUUACCAUAGCUCCCUUGGAUUCAAGCUCGCCAUGCACCUGUACAUGCGUGUGUUAGACUCUUAG